AUGACAUUGUUUUCGGGUUUACAAGUUAAACAAGAUUCACGGGGCAUUCUAAUUCAUCAAGGGAAGUAUGUGGACGAUGUGCUAAAGAAAUUUAAGUUCACAGACGCUAAACCGGCAGAAACUCCAAUGGCAGAAAGACCGUUGCUAACUGAAUAUGCAGAAGGAUCUUCUGUUGAUCAACGACUUUAUAGGUCUAUGAUUGGUUCGUUGAUGUAUCUGACAGCAAGUCGUCCAGACAUCAUGUUUGUUGUCUGCAAUUGCGCGCGAUAUCAGGCUAAUCCUAAAACUUCUCGUCUUACUGCUAUUAAACGAAUCUUUCGGUACCUUAAAGGCGGACUUCGGUUUGGUCUGUGGUAUCCGAGGGAUUCGAAUUUUGACCUAUUUGCGUUUUUUGACAGUAAUUUUGGAGGCACUGAUAAGGACAGGAAAUCCACCUCUGGUGGAUGCCAAUUUCUGGGUGAUCGACUCAUUUCUUGGCAAUGCAAGAAGCAAAAAAACGGUAGCAAUUUCCACAGCUGA